UGCGAGAGAGAAGUCACCAGGGGUCCUGCGGACGUCAAGGGUGUGUGUUGGCCACAGCUGCUCUGCCUGAAAUAAGAAAGCGAAAGCUCACGGAGCCUGGAGAGGACCUUUCCCCCUGUCCGGAAGCUGCUGCUUCGCAGAGUGGGAAGCCCUAGACCUCAGUCCACCCAAACCACUGCAAGCGCAGGGCAGUGAAAAGUGCAGGGCGGUGAAGAGGCAGAAGCAUCCGGGCCCGGCCAGGGCGCCCCGUCCACGGCACGAGGCCCAUGGAUAAGUUUCAGGCGGUGCUAAACUUGCACCUGCAGCAUCCCCGCGCGCUGGGCUACGGCCUGGUGACGCUCCUGACGGCGGGCGGGGAGCGCCUGUUCUCCGUCGCGGUGUUCCAGUGCCCCUGCAGCGCCGCCUGGAACCUGCCGUACGGCCUGGUCUUCCUGCUGGUGCCCGCGCUGGCGCUCUUCCUGCUGGGCUACGUGCUGAGCGCGCGCACCUGGCGCCUGCUGACCGGCUGCUGCGCGCGCGGCGCCCGCCCCGGGGGCUGCGGGCCGCGGCUGCGGGCCGCCCUGGUGUGCGUGCAGCUCAGCGCCACCGCCGCCGUCGCGCCGCUCACCUGGGUGGCCGUGGCGCUGCUCGGGGGCGCCUUCUACGAGUGCGCGGCCAGCGGGAGCGCCCCACUGGCGCGGCUGCUGUGCCGGGGCCGCGACGCCGCCUGCGAGGCCCAGCUGCCGCUGGCGCCCUGCCACCAGGCCCGGGCGCCCGACGCGCAGGACCUCCUGAAGGAGCUCAAGGCCCAGUCUCAGGUGCUGGGCUGGAUCCUAAUCGCAGUUGUUAUCAUCUUCCUUUUGAUUUUUACAUCUAUCAUCCGAUGCCUAUCUCCAGUUAGUUUUCUGCAGCUGAAAUUUUGGAAAAUCUAUUUGGAACAGGAGCAGCAGAUCCUUAAGAGUCAAGCCACAGAGCAUGCGACAGAAUUGGCCAAACAGAAUGUUAAAUGUUUCUUUGAGUGCUCACAUCCGAAGGAGUACAAUACCCCAAGCAUUAGAGACUGGCAGCAAAUUUCAUCACUAUAUACUUUCAAUCCAAAGGAGCAGUACUAUAGCAUGUUGCACAAGUAUGUUCAUAGAACAGAGAAGAGUGAGAGCAUCAAAUCUAAAGAAGGAGAUACAGUGAUUCCCAUUCUUGGCUUUGUGGAUACACCUGGAAUGCACACUACUGCUGACUUAUGACCUUAUUAAUGGAUAUGAGGAAAGUUCUUUUGAGUUAUCGCUUCGUUUUUAAAAAAUAAACUUUGGUAUUUUUGUGA